GGUUAUAUAAACUCAAGUGUGCGUUGAUAUAUGCAUUUUAUACCAAUAUCUUUUUCAUCAGCAUCAUCACCAGCAUCAGCAGCCAUGAUGUCGCGUUAUGUUCUCCUGGUUCUGCUGGUUCUCACUUGCCUUGAGCACUUUGCAGUGCCCCAGAGUGCAAAAGGACCAGAGGACUGUUGCUUCAAGUUCUUUAAGAAACCAAUCCCUAUAAAGCUCAUUAAAACCUACGAAAAUACCAGCAAUGACUGUCCUAAAAGUGGGAUCAUUUUUACCACUCAGAACUCCAGCCGUGUAUGCGUAGACCCUGGUUUUAAGUGGGUGCAGCGGGCCGUUGAUUUACUUGACCAGCGCCAGUAUGAAACCUCAACCUAAACUCAGCCAUGAUGUUAACUCAUUAACCAGAUUUUUUUCAAUCUACAUGAAGUGAUUUAAUGGGAUAAAGCUUGUCAUUAUACAUAAUCUUUUGGUAAAAUAAGUGUCCUAUUAUAUAAGUCAGAAACAUUCCUUUAUUCUUUUGUUAACAUUUAUCAUUUAUUAUUGCAUUUUUUAAAUGCAAAUAAAGCUAUAUUAAACAAUAAA